GUGACGUGGCCGUAAUGUAUGAUGGAACUUGGCAGAAACGGGGCCAUAAAAGCCACAACGGAGUCGGCGCGGCUAUCUCCUUGGACACCGGCCUGUGCUUAGAUUUCGAAGUGCUGUCAAAUUACUGCCACGCUUGCAGUCUACACAACGACAUGGGCUCUGAAGAGGAAAUCUGGCAGGCCUACCACAGACCUGUCUGUGAGAAGAACACCGACAGCUCCGCUCAUGGCAUGGAAGCUGAAGCAGCACUACGGAUAUGGGAGCGCACUUUGCUGUAUGAGACUCCACUUCGCUUCGCAACAUUUCUUAGUGAUGGCGACAGCAAAGCAUAUAGCAGAGUUUGUGAUGCCAAGGUGUACGGUGCAGGUGCCAUCUGCAAGGAGGACUGCACUAAUCAUGUUGCGAAGCGCCUAGGCACUGGCAUACGCAAAUUGCCGACACCACUGCCCAGAGGUGAGAAGCUCAAGCCUGCCACCAUUGAAAAGCUGCAGACAUAUUAUCAGAUCGCCAUCACGGGCAAUAGAGGCAACCUACGGGACAUGUACACUGCCAUAUGGGCGUCCUACUUUCAUUCUUGCUCCACUGAUGGUGCUGGCAGCCACAACUUCUGCCCACCAGGCCAAGAAUCGUGGUGCAAGCACAAGCGUGCUGAAGCAAUGGGCGAGCCUGCACCACAGCAUACACCGCUUCUGACAAAGGCACAGGGCCGGGCACUGCUGCCCAUAUACAAGCGCCCUGACGAGAAGCUGCUGGCCCGAUGCCUUCGAGGAAAAACUCAGAACGCUGCUGAGUCUCUCAACAGCAAGGUGUGGCUGCUGUGCCCUAAAACAAAGUUUGCUUCCCGAAGUGCUGUGGAGACUGCCACAGCCAUUGCUGUGCUCUGGUAUAACCGGGGCCAUGCAAGCUUCGAGGUGGUCCUGGAGGAGCUUGGUGUUCUACCACCAGCAAGCUUGACCACCCUGGGGGACUACAGCGACAAGAGGCGCAUUCAGAAGAUGAAUGCCCAACAGACUGCUGAGGCGAGGGCUCACCGCCGCACAUCGGCCAAGAGAGCUCGCCUACAGGACUCCGCUCGGAAGGACCGCGAAGGAGUUACAUACAGUGCGGGUGAAUUCUAGUCACCGUGGCCAGCUCCUGGACAUACUGCCUGUGCAUUAGACACACUUUUGAGUGUUUGCAAGUGCGCCCUAAUUAGUAAACAUGUUCCAAACUUUCAAACGCGUUUUUCUCAUUUUGAAAUUUUUGGCCACGGUCACAUUUCACUCACAUAGUUUCAUCCCCUUAAAAUUGUCCUA